CGCCUCUCGAAAAACCUAUCGCAGCAGUCAAGCCAUGGACGAAUCCGCGAACAAAGGUCUGGAAUCGAAGGUUAGUGAUGCAGAGACUCCACUACAAAGGAGCUUAAGGAUACUCGGCAAGAAAUAUAGGGCAGCCGCCAUCGAAGAAUCCGUGAUCAAAGGUCUGGGAGUUCCGAAAUUGAACGGUAGUGGUGCAAAGAUUCGAUACAGCGGCAUUAUUAGCAGGAUGGUGGUCAUGGGAUACAACACCUCCUCUCCUAGGGAGGAUGUAGAAGAGGCUCUGAGACAAUACUUUGCAUCAUGUGGAAUAAAGUUAAUACAUGUUUCUGUCUUCGAAUCUGUCUUCGAACACUACCAGAAAACUUUUCUCUGCCGUCACGGUUUAAUCUAUGUUAAUGAAGAAUGUGAAGCAGAGGCGUUGAAGCUUCAGGGAAGUGACAUGGGAGGAGGCUGUAUUUUAGAUAUUACGGCUUACCCUUUUGCCGACAAUCACCUUGACCAUGUCUUUGCUCCUACCAAAGACUCAGACGAAUACCUACAGCGCGGGUUGAAAGUUACAGGAUUUGAUACUUCCCGUGCUAGCAAGGAUGAUAUCAUGAAGAUGGUAAGUAAGGUUUUCCCUGGAUCCGGUUGUUUUGUUCAUAAUGGCGGGUGUGCUCUCGUUUAUCUCCAUGGUCAAGAUGCUGUUGAAAAUGCUCUGAAACUUAGUGGAGGUUCUGUGGGAGGCUUUAAAAUUGCAGUUGAUAAGGUCCUCCCAAUAAAAAAAGUGAGCGUUGGCACAUAUCCCAAUGCGUGGUCCGCUUUUGCUGAGGGAAAACCGAAGACGAUCAUGACUGCGGACUAGAAAAUCUCUCUCUCUCUCAUGUUAUUAACUACUUGUCAUGCAAUGCCAAGAUCUUUGAAUUCUAAGUAUUUAUUCGUGUGUGCUCUUUUUAUAAUAAGACAUUGUAAAAACAAUAUGGCAAAACUUUGUUGUCCAAUCAAGUUUAUAGUUAACUUAAAAUGACACCUUAAUAUCUAUAUGUUUC